AUGAAUCACCGAGGAUCUCUGCCACAAGCACCGCCAUCAUUCGGGGCACGUCAACAGCUGCCAAGGGUAGAAGAAGGUAAUGUAAGAAGGCGCCACUUGGGCAUGCUCACCACCACACCGCUGAUCCCUCGUAUAAAGUCUGGGACCUCUGUCCCUGUUCUUGGUCACACCCCUUUUGCCGCCGACGCCGCCACUGCCACCGCCGCUGCCGGAUGCUAUCGUUACCGCCGCCGUCGCCGCUACAUACGCAGAGCAAACGAGACACAACACAGAAAACGAACCACAAGACAAAUUACCAGAGACAGCGUAUGUACACAGAACGACGAAGGCAUCAUAAACACAAGGCAUAAACAAAUAGAAAAAGAUGGUGACAAUCAACAAACAGGGGAACAUACUCAACAGAUCAACAAACAGAGGAACUUUCUCAACAGAUCAACAAACAGAGGAACUUUCUCAACAGAUCAACAAACAGGGGAACUUACUCAACAGAUCAACAAACAGAGGAACUUUCUCAACAGAUCAACAAACGGGGGAACUUUCUCAACAGAUCAACAAACAGAGGAACUUACUCGCCUUAGUUUCGUCAAGAGAACAGCCGGGGUCCUCAGGCAGACUCUGGCACUUGCAGCUGAACCCUUGUCCCAGGGUUCAAAAUGUGAGUACAGUAUGAAAGCGAGGGUUGGCGGGCAGGUCCUCAGUCAGGCACUAUGCUUGUCUGGAGGUGUGAGCGGCGGCGAGGGAGAAGGAGGCUGCAGAAAUAUCCGCCAGACAAGGACCCACAAUGCUAUUAUUGUGCUUGGUAAUCAACAGUCGUCAUCGUUCAACACAGCCCUGCAGCCCCUCAGCCCUGCAGCCCAGCAGCCCCUCAGCCCUGCAGCCCUGCAGCCCUUCAGCCCCUCAGCCCUGCAGCCCUCAGCCCUGCAGCCCCAGCCCUGCAGCCCCUGCAGCCCCUCAGUCCCUACAGCCCCUCAGCCCCUACAGCCCCUCAGUCCUACAGCCCCUCAGCCCUACAGCCCCUCAGCCCUGCAGCCCUCAGCCCUGCAGCCCCUCAGCCCUCAGCCCUGCAGCCUCAGCCCUGCAGCCCAGCCCUGCAGCCCUGCAGCCUCAGCCCUGCAGCCCCUCAGCCCUGCAGCCCCUCAGCCUGCAGCCCCUCAGCCCUGCAGCCCCUCAGCCCUGCAGCCCCUCAGCCCUGCAGCCCCUCAGCCCUGCAGCCCCUCAGCCCUGCAGCCCCUCAGCCCUGCAGCCCUCAGCCCUGCAGCCCUCAGCCCUGCAGCCCCUCAGCCCUGCAGCCCCUCAGCCCUGCAGCCCCUCAGCCCUGCAGCCCCUCAGCCCUGCAGCCCCUCAGCCCUGCAGCCCCUCAGCCCUGCACACCCCUCAGCCCUGCAGCCCUCAGCCCUGCAGCCCCUCAGCCCUGCAGCCCCUCAGCCCCUCAGCCCUGCAGCCCCCUCAGCCUGCAGCCCCUGCCCUACAGCCCCCUCAGCCCUGCAGCCCCUCAGCCCUGCAGCCCCUCAGCCCUGCAGCCCUGCAGCCCCUCAGCCCUGA